GUUCGUAUAUGGGCGGGUCUCUUCCCGUCAUUGCUCAUCGUCUCCAUUCUCCAUCGCGUACUCCCCCACACUUCAUUGCGACAGUCCGCUCUUUCAGCGCUGUACCUUUGCGCUCCACCGCAGUCUUUCUUGAACUCACCCUGUCGUUCCUUCCUCUGCUAUGCCUUCCACUUCAUUUCGCUCCCUCCUCCCCGUUUCUCUUUGCGCUUCUCUUGCCCUCAUUGAUCAGACCCAAGCAAGUCCGUCGAACGCUCAUGUUCGGAGACAAUACGACACGGGCGAAAGCACGAUCGACGUCCAAUCCGAGCGACAUCGCCUAGACUUCUUCCAGUUUGUCACUAGACCAGAUAUCGAUGCCCCGCGCUGGAAGGUCCAGGUCUACGACAAGGAUGCCCUAGCUCCAGGCUACUGGUUUGCUUCCGUGUACGAGUACAUCGACCAGACGACCGCCGGCGCCAGUGCAUGGAGUGGUCCGAGCAUCUACGAUCAAGAUGGCGAAUUGGUGUGGAGUGGAGCGCCGCUCUUCCACGGCUUCAACAUCGACGACUUCCACGCGGACCAAAUCAACGGCACGCCCGUGCUGAUGGGAAUUCAUCACAAGCAGAGGAGAGAUGUGGUGGUCAACAGCAACUAUGAGAUUAUCAAGGAAGUCACCAUCGAGCAGCCAAACAAAGUAGACAUCCACGGCUUCCACACCGUUGACAACGGGACUCGGUCACUCGCAAUGCGCCACGCAGACGCAGCCCCUUCUGAUCCGCGGGAGUUGAGCGCCCUCGGAUACGGCGAGUCGUGCAUCGUAGAGUAUAGUGGAUUUGAAGAGCGAGAUACAUCAACGUGGGAAGUCACGUUCGAGUGGAGCGCGAAAGAUCGCGUUCGGUUGGAGGAAAGCACGCACGACUUCGCUUGCAAACCAUGGAUUUACCUCCACGGCAACACCGUCGACAAAUUCCCGGAUGGCGACUAUCUGUUCUCCGGCCGCGCCACGGACACGCUGUACAAGAUCUCAGGCAUAGAUGGCUCGAUAUUGUGGAGACUCGGGGGCAAAUUCUCCAACUUCACGUGGAUUGGCGACGAUGGCCACUUCUCUGGCCAACACUUUGCUCGGGUUCAAGAACAGAAUGCGACGCAUAUCAUCCUGUCGGUGUUGGACAACGCGUUCCAGGGCAGGCAACCUCACCCCGUCCUCACAAACGAUCAAUCACGUGGCCUGAUUGUCGCCUUGCGCACCGACACGCAGCCCAUGACCGCACAGGUUCUCCAGACAUACAACCACCCGCAUGGCGGCUACGCUCCAGGCCGCGGCAGCUUCCAAAUCCUGGAUAAUGGAAACGCGUUUAGCGGAUGGUGGACCAACGGGCUGAUCAGCGAGCACGCGCCCAACGGGACCCUACUGAUGGAGGCCGUCUGGACGACCAACCUGAGGUCCUACCGCGCGUACAAAAUGCCCUGGGUCGGCCACCCGACGCAACCACCCGAUGUCUACGCUCGAGCGGUCAUAGUGGAAGACCCGGAGCAGGGUGGCAGGAAAUCGAUGCAGACGGCCGUCUAUGUGAGCUGGAACGGAGCGACGGAGGUGGCGAGCUGGCGCCUCUUGAAGACGACCGCGCACGGGAAAGCCAGAGAGCAGGUGGCGGAGAUUGCACGACAGGGCUUCGAGACGAUGAUGACGUACGACGGGUAUGCGAGCUAUGUCGUCGUGCAGGGCAUCGAUCGCGAGGGCAACGUGCUGGGCGAGUCGACGGUGUUCACCACCAUCCCACCGCGCGACAAGUUUGCUCCGGCGGUGCUGAAGGAGCAGCAUUGGAUGUCCGCGCACGCUGCUGCCGCCGCUGCUGCACUUGCCGGUCUGGGCGAGAGGGUAUCGCCGGUCGAUAACCCUGUGGCUGCGUUCUUUUUCGGCUUGAUGGUCAGUUUGGUGGGAGUGUGCUUGGUGAAAGGCAUUGUGCAUCUGAGACAGAGGAGGAAUCAGCGCUCAUGGCGCCCCCGGACCGAGCAAAACAAAGCUUUCUACGAAGCCGUGUCGGUGUCGGAUUGCGGCGAGGACACGUUGGUAGAGGACGCAUUUGUCCAAGACGAAAAGGACGAAGGAAGGUGAACAGGUGGAUUUGAUGAAUUAGCGUGUAUCAAAGUUGUUCCCAUUCCCA